GAUCAGCCACUCGUAGUGAAUCACACAGAAUAUCAAUCCAUCUUUCAUGCAGAAAGGUUCUCCUCCAGUUCUCCUGGAAACAUGAUCACAGAGGAGGAGGCAGAUGAGGAGGAAGAGGAGGAGGAAGAUGAGCAGGAGGGCGACCGCCUUCAGUCUCACUCAGAGCUAGAGGGACGACUCUCAGCUCUGGAGGCCCAGCUACAGAGUCUGCAGCCUGGACUGGACCGGAUCAGAGUCCUGGAGAGACGCCUGGAAGACCUGGAGAGACGGAGACACACAGAUAAGAGUGAAGGUGGCGUGGUGAUCAUCUCAAGAGAGAGCUGGGAGAACCUGAUGAGCAGAGUCGUUCUUCUGGAAACUCAAUCAGAACUUAGAGACACACAGCUCAGUGUCCCACCGCCGUGUGCGUCCUCGUCCUCCGCCUUCUCCAACAUGUCUGAUGCCUCAAAGGAGGAUCUGAAAGAGAGGCUGGAGAGGAUAACAAACAUGAUGAAGAGCACCUCCAGCCUGCUGAAGAACUCUGAAUCCUCUACAACAGACUGCAAAUAA